AUGGAACAUAGCAACUUAGCAAUUCCAAUUAGUUCAAAGAAAAAACCCAUAAAAUGGGCAGAAGAUCUUUGUUAUACUCUCAUAAUAAUAUUUAAUUUAAGUACUUGGAUAGAUAUAAAUAGUGUUUGGAUUGAAUUACCAUUAAUAGUGAAUAGUGCACCUGAACGUUGGACAUUACCAUCAAUAUUAUCAUUAGUGAUAAGUCUUGCUAAUAUAUUUCCACUUAUAGUUGCUAUAUUACGUUGGAAAUUAGGCAAAUAUUAUUCUGAAAUUCCUUUUAUAUAUAUAAUUAUAAUUGUUGGUAUAAUUGCUUGUUGUUCAAUUGCUUUAUUUUGGAAUCAUACAACAUAUAUUGAUGGUAAAGAACGUAGUGUUGCAUUACUUACUGCAGUAUUUUCUUUAGCAAUUCUUGAUUGUACAUCAUCACUUGUUUUUUGUGAUUAUAUGAGACGUCUUAAAGCUAAAUAUUUACAUGCUAUGUUUUUUGGUGAAAGUUUAACAGGUACAUUACCAACAUUAAUUGCAUUAGCACAAGGUGUUGGAGGUGAAAUCCAAUGUAUUAAAAAUAAUUCUACAUCAUCUUUCGAACCUGUUUAUUCUGAAGCUCGUUUUAGUGUAUCAAUAUUUUUCUUUCUUGUUACUGGUAUUAUAAUUUUGUCAUUAUUAGCUUUUAUGACACUUCGAUGGACAUCUAUCAUUAAAUUAGCUAAAGCUAAUGAUGAAAUUUAUUUAGAAAUCAAUAAUGAAGCAAAUGAAAUGUUUAUAAUAACGAAUGAAAAUAUUUCGAAAUCGAAAAAAAUAUCUUUAUCAACACCAAAUUCAAUGACAAAAAAACAAUAUUUUAUUCUUCAAUCAUUUAAUGUUAUUAAUUCAGCUAUUUUAUAUGGUUGUUUACCAACAUUAAUUACUUAUGCAUUAUUACCCUAUGGUCAAAAAGCAUUUUAUUAUUGUAGUAUUCUUUUUCCAAUGUCAUAUCCAUUAUCUGCACUUUAUGGUUUUGUACGUCCAACAUUAUCAACUUUUUGGAUUAUUAUUUGUUCAAUAUUUGGUUGUUUAAUUUGUUUUUUUAUUUUUAUUAUUGCUUUUCAAAGUCCAUGUCCAAUAUGGGCAGAUACAUUACAUGGAGGAAUUAUUAUGAUAAUUGCUUGGUUUUUUUCAUCAUUUGUUCUUGCAUAUGUGCGUAUUGCUACUGGAAAUCGUAUUAAAUUAACAUGGAGAAAAGAAAAUGGAUUAUUUUAUUUUGGUUUAUGUAUUCAAAUUGGAAUAAUAGUUGGUGCUUUACCGAUGUAUUUAGCUGUUAAUGUUUAUCGAUUAUUCCAAGAUCGACAACCAUGUAUCACAUAUUGUUUAUAG